AUGCGCGUGCGUCUCUCUUCCCUUAAUAAAAGGAUAAGCCUUUCACCUAGUAGUUCUUCUUCUUCUUCUUCUUCUUUCCCAGACAAAAGAGAAAAAGAAAAUACACGCAACACAAAAUUAAUAUGUGCAACUCAAAUGGUGAUUGCAGACCCUUGGGUUUUCUCUUGGGUCUCCCCUUCGCUUUUCUUGCCCUCCUCGUUUCAAUCGUUGGCAUCGUCGUCUGGAUCGUUGGGUUUAAACUUUGGUUCACAAUAUUGGCAGGUUGUUGUUGACAUGCAUAUGCCCCUGCUGCUUGUGUAUAACAGUAAUAGUAGAGUGUGCAUUGGAAUUGAUAAAGGCUCCACUGCAUGUCAUGGAGUGGUGCACCUCUCAGAUCCCUUGUUAGCUUCUGCUUUCACCAAUUCUAUUAUCAAGCUCUAG